AUGGUGCAAGAUAUCCAAAAUCAACCACCCGGAAGCUCCAAAAAGCGAAUGCGCAUAACCCUCUCGUGCGAUCAGUGUCGCAAGAGGAAAGUCAAAUGCGACCGGAAGUACCCUUGCUCCACCUGUGCUCAACAUGGGCGUUCAAGUGAGUGCUCGUAUGGAGAGUCCGUGUCGACGGCGGGCCCGACCAAUUUGCAGCUGGGCUCUGUGGGCGUAUUCCGGACAUUUGUCGUUAGCGGCCCGGGCCAGGCCAACCCACCAGCGCAAUCUUCGGCAAAAGAUGAAGCCGUUGCCUCGAAGUAUAGCUCGCUGAGACUGAGCGGCAUGGACUCAAUCGGCUACGAUACUUCGACUUCGGCGACAUCAGCGGAAGGAAGCUUGGACGCAGGCAGAAAACAGACGAACCUACCUUUGCGGAGCAUGGUGCCGCCAGCGCCAGGAGGAACUCCCAUCCACUCGGAUCCUCACGCUCCGAUGCGGCCGGGGCCAGCGCCAGGGAUGCCUAGUGGGUUCGAAAUGAGUCUGCCGUUGAAUUAUCCCAGGACAAAUGAGCAGUACGCAACAACCAGCAGCCAUUCGCUGGGCGCAGGCAGCGACAACAUUGCUUUGUUGAACGACGUUGAGCGUCUCAAGCUGAAAAUCAGACAGCUUGAGGACAAGCUCGACACCACGCUGAGCCUGGACUCCCCGUCGAACGGGCUUCUGGCGUCGCGGACGGGCUCCCACGAGAACGCCACCGACUUUGUUGCAUUCAGAAAUAACAUCAGCAGGGGCCCACCACCCACGGUUGCGAAUGUCUCCAACCCACAGUACAUUGGGAUCAAUCCUUACAAUACCAACGACCCGGAUGAACGAGUGGAUCUUUACGAUCACUACAGCCCGAUGCAUGUCAAGGACCCAUUGAGGCGGCAGAACUUUGGGCCGUUUGCCUGGCUUGCGUUCAUGAAAAAGGACAAAGUUUUAAAUCUUUUGUUCGACUAUAUAAAGAGCACCCGUGAAAACAGGGUGGCAACGCCAAGGCCCUUUGACAGAGCUUCCGAACAAGUGGACGCUCAUUUUAGCAAGAAGGCGGCAGACCGAGAGGGUCAAAGUGACGUUGCUUUAUUUUCAAACAAUUACAGUGACCGCACUUCGAGCGACUUGAAGAUGCAAAUGAACAAACAUGCUCUUGCAUUGGGUCUUACCAUGUUUGAAGGUGAAUUGGACCAGAAAACCCAACUUGUCGAGAAAAUCAAGUUGCUCCUUCCUACACGCAAGGCCCUAUGGGUCUUGAUUAAUCGUUUCUUCACCUGUGUUUACCCAUUUGUCCCGGUUAUUGACGAAACUUGGCUCCGAGAAGAGACGAAGAGAAUGCUUGGACCAGAAGUGUAUGUCGAUGAAAAAAUCACUCACGUUGUCUUCGAAAAACAAGUUGAUUUAGCCACUAUAGCGAUUCUCUUGAUUGUCAUCCGCUUUGCCUAUUUAUCUGCUUUUUCCAAUAUCAAGGCGGAUAAUGAAAGAGUGUUGGAAUGUUCUGAUGACUCGCCUUUAGCCGAGAUGAAGUACAUUCUUCAGAAUCCUAUUGCGUUGGAUGUGAUCAACUUAUCUCAAUUAUGCAUUGAUCAAUUUGAUCUUUUCAAAAGAACAAACAUGACCGUGCUUCAAUACAUGGCAUUGCUUAGAGUAUAUUACCAGUUCGCUCCGGAGCACGGGGAUGGGUAUGAUGAAGGAGUGUCACACGUGCUUCCAUCCAUGUGUGUUCUGAUUGCCUAUUGUAUGGGCUUAAACAGGGAGCCCAGUAAUUUUGACGACGUUUGUAAUGAUGCCAAAAUCAAUAACAUUACAAGAAAACUCUGGUUUUUCAUUAAGCUCGCUGAUUUGACGCAAGCGUACCAGUUUGGCUUUCCAAUGCUCAUUGAUCAUGACUUCAAUGAUGUACGUCUUCCAUAUUACCGUCCUGGUAAUUCAAACUUACUAGAUGCCAACUUGGAAAGAGAUUUAUGUGAUACACUCUCUGGCAUGGGCCCGUUCUUGGAUAAAUUAAAAUCUUUUUUGACAAAGAUAUGUUCAAUCAGAAACUGCCUCAAAAUGAGUGAUGCAACAAGCUUGGUUUCUGACUUCGAGUUUACCAUCCAGCGGGGUUUCGGCGCUUUGACGGAUUACAGUAGAACAGCACUCGCGCCUGGUGAGUUUACUUUUGCCAAAAGCAUGAAAUGCAAAACAUUUUUGAACCUUAAGCAUCUCCUUCUUUCGAUAUUUUUCCAUUUCUUCCUCAAUUACGAGAGAAGUGGGAACCACAAUUUGGCGUUUUUUUACAUGAAAAAGUAUCUUUCUAUCGCGACAGGUGAGAUCCUCCCCGAAAUCCUUCACUUGAUCAGAGACAAGUCGAAGACGUUCGAUCCAAACAGCACAUUACCGGAUCUAUUCUUGACUCCCUCCAUCGAAUUGUUUCUUCAUAAGACCAAUCAACUUAAUAUCUCCAUAUAUUUGAGAAUGAGUUGUGCCGUGGCUCAUUUGAAGUCCGACCCCGUGCUACAUAAUCGCAACUUACUGACAUCGUUUGAGUACAAGAUGAGAUUUGCCAAACUUACCAAGCUACAGAAGAUUCUUGAGAAAUUCAUCAGGUUUGGAACUGCCUGUCUCUCUAAGCUUAGUCACAGGUACUACUAUGCGUGGAGAGUCUGCAAGGCACACACGUUUAUCAUCGAGGUGUUCCAAUCGGAGGCUGUCGGAGAGUACAUCCUUAAGAACUGCAACGCCGACAGACUCAUGACCGACUUCACAGCCCAAAGACUCGACGAACUCUUGGCAAUUGCAGAUUCGACAUUGUGGAAGCUCAAGGACGUUAUAAAGGAAGACUCGGAUCGUAAGAGCGGAGAUGUGGAUGCAUUCAAUGUCCCUGACAUUGAUCCUUUGACUCUCAACCCACCUGCAGCAGAACAAGAGCAACAUGAAGAUGAGAUGCAACAGGACCAGCAGCAUCAAAUAUUGGAUCCUUUCUCGACUGAGGCGAUUGACAUUGACGAUCUAAGACCCGAUGAAGAUGUUGACAUUGAUAAUCUAUGGAGGCAGAUUGGGUCUAUGAAGAAUGAACAGCAGGCGAACGAGACACCCGCAUUUGACCAGAAUAUUACGGAAACGCCAUGGGGCCCACCACUACAGAACUACAGCAAUUCGUUUACGCCAUUGUUUGACGGAGCGGGAGAGGUCGAUGCAUAUCUCGACAUGUUCUCCAAACCGCAGAUAUAA